AAGUAGAUGUUUUCUUUCCGGGGUAAACAGCGCUGUAGCUCAAAUGAAACUGAUGUCAGUGACCUGAAAUGAAAGUAUGAGGUAGUGGACGAUCCCUGUGGACAGUAAGCCGACGCUGUCACGACUACUUACAAAGUCUUCACAUUGCUGAUACAGGAUUGUAUCCAUCCACAAUGUUUCCAACUUCGUGUGACACCUUCGUGGCUCUGCCUCCGUCCACUGAGGGACAGCGAGUUGUGUUCGGGAAGAACGCGGACAGGCCCUCUGAUGAGGUUCAGGAGGUCGUCUACUUCCGUGCCAAUGACUAUGACCCAGGGACGAAAGUGGAGUGUACCUAUAUCGAGGUGGAGCAAGCCGCCCACACUCACGCGGUGGUUUUGAGCCGACCUGCCUGGCUGUGGGGUGCAGAGAUGGGAGCCAAUGAGCACCAGGUGUGCAUCGGGAAUGAGGCGGUGUGGGGGAGAGAGGGCUGUGACGGGGAAGAGGCUCUGCUGGGCAUGGAUCUGGUCAGACUUGGGCUGGAGAGAGCCGACACCGCUGAGAAGGCUCUGCACGUGAUCACUGACCUGCUGGAGAGGCACGGAACGGGUGGCUCCUGCAUGGAGGACAACUGUAACUUCACGUACCACAACAGCUUCCUCAUCGCAGACCGGACGGAGGCCUGGGUGCUGGAGACGUCCGGGCAGCGCUGGGCGGCGGAGAGAGUGACAGAGGGUUUCCGUAACAUCUCCAAUGAGUACAGCAUCACCACCAGGAUAGACAAGGAGCAUCCCAAGCUCAGAGAGUACGCCAAGAGCCAGGGCUGGUGGGAUGGGGUCUCAGAGUUCAACUUCGCCCAAGCCUACUCGUACAUGAACACGGCCCGGAUAGAGGCGUCGGACAGCCGCUACUGUGAAGGGAAGAAGAUGAUGGAGAAAAGCAACGGUCACAUCACAGCUGAGACGCUGAUGGAGAUCCUCCGGGACAAGGAGAGCGGAAUCAACAUGGAGGGGGCCUUCCUGAGCGCGGGGAGCAUGGUGUCUGUGAUCCCCAGGGACCCCACCCGGAGUGGGGUGCACUACUUCACCGCCACCCCUGACCCCGAAAGGUCUGUGUUCAAGCCGUUCAUAUUUGUGCCCGAUAUCAGACAGCUGAAGCAUACCUGCUCUCCUUGGUACGGCGAGGACGACCCUGUGAAGCAGAAACCGCGUUUCAAGAGCAAGCCCGAUCGGAAACACCCGCUGUUCCUCAAGCACGAAGUCGCGUCCGCCAUCAUUGAAACAACCAAGGAGAGAGGAAAGCAGAUUUUGCAGAACAUGAGGGAUCUGGAGAAGAAGAAGCUGGCUGAGAUGGAGGUGUUUCUUGUGAAAGGUGUUGACCUUGACGACUGGCCCUCAUUGGUGAAUCUGUUUUCAAACACCGCCGAGGAAGAGAUGGAGGCAUAUAGUAAUAGACCUUGAUCCAAUGUUAUUUUCCAAAACAACCAGUUCAUGAACAUUAUUUUAUUAAUAUGCAAAUGUACUACCUGCAGCCCGUUCUUCCAGUUUAAAGACGAUAUUAAAAUGUUCAAACACAUGCACAUUAUUCAGUGAAAUAAUUUCCCUUAACUUGUUUUUAAUUUAAAAAAAAUCUUAAUGUAUUGAGAUUAGCUAGCAAUAGAUUUAGCGGCUGAAGCAGCAUCUAUCAUAGCCCGCUAUGACAGUCCAAUAAAAGGCACAUUCGACUUCCUGUGUGUGUCAGAUUCCACUACAGACCGCAGAGUGCUACAAUCAUAUUGUAUAAUCAUUUUGUAGUUGAUGAAAACAUGUUUGUUAAUAAAUACAAAUAAAAUACA